GCCAAACGAGCGCCGCAUCAAGUCUUCGUCGUCGUCGUCUUCGUAUAUCCCCGUUCCAGUUCGUAUAAUCGUAUAAUCGAGUAUUACUACCGAGUUUUUAGCAUUAAAAAAUGGUGCAACAUCAUCUCAUGUUGCUGCUGCUGCUCCUGCUGGGCGUGCCGAGCCUCAUCCUGGCCAGCGAACAGCCAGCGCGCAUUGUCUGCUACUUCAGCAACUGGGCCGUCUAUCGUCCAGGCAUUGGACGUUACGGGCUGGAGGAUGUGCCAGCGGAUCUGUGCACGCAUCUGGUGUACUCCUUCAUUGGCGUGAAUGAUGAGAAUUGGGAGGUGCUGGUCAUAGAUCCCGAGCUGGAUGUGGAGCAAGAGGGCUUCCGCAAGUUCACGCAGCUGCGGCAGACGCAUCCAAAGCUCAAGCUCCAGAUAGCGGUGGGUGGCUGGGCGGAGGGCGGUGCCAAGUAUUCACGAAUGGCAGCGGUUCGCGAGAAACGCCAGAGUUUUAUACGCAGCGUGGUGCAAUUCAUGAAAGAGUAUGACUUUGAUGGCUUCGACCUGGACUGGGAGUAUCCGGGCGCCACGGAUCGCGGAGGCAGCUACGGAGACAAGGACAAGUUCUUGUACUUUGUGCAGGAGCUGCGACGCGCCUUCGAUCGCGAGGGUCGUGGCUGGGAGAUCACCAUGGCGGUGCCGGUGGCCAAGUUCCGGCUGCAAGAAGGCUACCAUGUGCCCGAGCUGUGCGAACUCCUGGAUGCCAUACAUGCCAUGACCUAUGACCUGCGCGGCAAUUGGGCCGGCUUCGCGGAUGUGCAUAGUCCGCUGUACAAGCGCAAGCAUGAUCAAUACGCCUACGAGCGACUCAAUGUGAAUGACGGCCUGGCCUUGUGGGAGGAGAUGGGCUGUCCGGCCAACAAACUGGUGGUGGGCGUGCCUUUCUACGGACGCACCUUUACGUUGAGCAACUCGAACAAGAACUACAACAUGGGCACCUACAUCAACAAGGAGGCGGGCGGCGGUGCUCCAGGGCCCUACACGAAUGCGAGCGGUUUCCUGGCCUACUACGAAAUCUGCACAGAGGUCAUGGACAAGUCGAAGGGCUGGACCGUGGAGUGGGACGAUGUGGGCAUGGUGCCCUACACCUACAAGGACACCCAGUGGGUGGGCUACGAGAACGAGGCCUCGGUGCAGAUCAAAAUGGACUUCAUCAAGGCCAAGGGCUACGCGGGCGCCAUGACUUGGGCCAUUGACAUGGACGACUUCCAUGGGCUCUGCGGCCCUAAGAAUGGUCUAAUGCAAAUACUCUACAACAACAUGCGGCACUACACAGUGCCGGAGCCGACGCGCGAGACGACGCCACGGCCCGAAUGGGCCAAGCCACCCGCCACACCACCCAAUCCGGACGAGGCGCAGCUGCAGCCGAUGGCCACGACGACGCGUAAACCGAAACCGAAGCCAAAACCAACGUCAACGCCAGUCAGCCCAACGUCAGCACCGGUGCCAGCUGUGAGCAGCACCACCAAGAAACCCACCACAAAGAAACCCAAGAAGCCCAAGAAAACAACCACAACGACCACCACAACCACAACCGCUGCGCCCAGCUCUACGGAAGAACCCGAGGAGAUCGUCGAUCCCGAAAGAGAAGAGAACGGCGUUGCCUUCGAUGCCAGCGAAAUUGACUGCACCAACCGAGACUUUGUGCCGCAUCCCAACUGCCGAAAGUACUUCCGCUGCGUGCAUGGCAAGCCUGUGGAAUUUGAGUGUAAAGAGGGCACAGCUUUCCAUACAGUGCUCAACGUUUGUGAUUGGAUCGAGAAUAGCGAUCGGUACUACUGCACUCGCAUCAAGAACAAAGAUCAUGGAAAUGAGGCACACUAGUGCGGCAGCUUGGAGGGAUUUUCUUUACAAAUCUGAAACUAUUUAAAAACUAUUUAUUAUGUUAGCUGAGGUAAAUAUUUUUAGCGCUCAGUGAGAGUGAGCAAUAGAUCUUAGGUCUUUUGAGUAUUUAUAAUAAAAUAGCCUUCAUACAUUGAAA